AUGGAGUCGGAUGGGGAGCGUGAUGCCGGAUACAAUCAUUACAAUUCUCCUCAGCAUCAAUCGCAACAGAGCUAUCAUCGGAACUACGAGGACUAUGUUCAUCCGAUGCAACAACAGCAGCAGCAGCAGCAACAACAACAACAGCAGCAACACAAUCCAGCAGCCAGCUCGCCCCUCUCUACCCUCUCCCAGCACGGUAGUAUGUUGGCCCCGCAGAGCCCUAGUAUGCUUGGAGGCAGUAAUGGCAUGAUGCCCUCACCGCUAAUGCAGUCACACUCACCGCUGCUCUCAUCUAACGCUUCCCUGCUUCAAUCACAAUCGCCUCUGCUGUCCAGCUCACCGCUGAUGAGCCAGUACAGUCCUUACCAUCAUCAGGACGUACCGAUGCCAACCAUUCUGCCCCAGGACGAACCGGGCGGUGGUGGAGGUGGUUGGGGAGGGCACUACGCACUGACUGCGGCCGGUCCUUAUCAGAGCGAGUUCUGUGCCUCGAACUACGGUGUGUUGCAUCAACGGCAGGCGUACGGUGGUCCCCACGGUCCCGGCAAGCUUGGCCCACACGGAGGUUUGAAGAGUGCCAAGGAGGCCCGAAUCCGACGGCCCAUGAACGCGUUCAUGGUGUGGGCCAAGGUCGAGCGGAAGAAGCUGGCAGACGAGAAUCCCGAUCUGCACAAUGCCGAUCUCAGCAAAAUGCUAGGUAAAAAGUGGCGCUCUCUAACGCCCCAGGAUCGUCGUCCGUACGUCGAAGAAGCGGAACGGCUACGAGUGAUCCACAUGACCGAACACCCGAACUACAAGUACCGUCCACGGCGCCGAAAGCAUGCCAAAGCAAGAGCAGGUCCAGGGACCGGACCGACGGCAGGCUCUCUCGGAACGGGUCCGACGGCAAACAGUCAAGGUUCGGCAGCUGGAGCAAACCUCACGGUCAACAAUUCGUCCCCGAGCGAGCUGAACUACGGUGAGGGUGACUCUUCGCAGCGUAUGAGCCCGUUCACGUACAACCCGCACUACUAUGCCGGUAGCAACAAUGCACUCAACACACCUGACUCGAGCCCCACCCAGAGCCCGGAACCGAUCGCUGUCCCACCGACGGUCGGAAGUCGCAAACUGGCAGCGGUAGCGGCAGCAGCAGCCGCAGCUGCUGCUAAUGGAGGAGUUUCGACGAACGGUGAUGCGGCUGGACAGAAGAUGGAGGACGUAUCGUCCGCACUGCCAACACCUGAGAUGAGUCCGUUGGAGUUGGAGAAGGAACCGGGCUUUGGAGGUGGGCUACAUUCCACGCACGCGGGCAGUUACGAUGACCUGAAGAGCAAGCAGAAGCUGACGUACGAUGGGGUGUAUGGGGUGAAGAGUGAGCAGAAGUUGCCGGCUACCUUCCCGUCACAUGCGUACGAUCAUGAGACGCAUCAUUCACAUCAGCAGCAGCAGCAGCAGCAGCAACAGCAACAUCACCAGAAUUCCCAUCAACAUCACCAACAGGAGGGUUUGGUGAAGCGCGAGUAUGGAGGAUUCGGGCUUGGAGGUGAUAAGCGGUACACGUACGAAGGUCAGCUCGUCAACGGAGGAGGACUUCACGAGAAGCGCAACUACCUAUCGGUAAGUUCCGGCUCGACGACAACCACCGCCAUGGUGAACGGGAUGUACGUAAUGUGCACGAACCGGAGCAUUCUGGACCAGGGUCACAUUGUGACUGGCACCUACUUCCCACCGUUGGCUACGUCCGAGGAUCACCAGACACUCGGAACGACCACCAUGACGACCAGCAGCCAUGGUCCGCAUCUCAGUACAAACAAUCACAGUAGUGGGAAUAGCAAUAGCGGCACAGGUGCUCAGAAUCCGAUUAAAAACUCCAACGGAUUGCUGGGCGCUGGUGUGUCCACCGCAAACACGCAGAUGUCCCAGAUUAGUAACAGCAGUGCGCAACAGCAUAUGCAGCAGCAGCAGCACCAGCAGCAACAGCAGCAACAGCAGGAUCAACUCAAUAGCUACUACGGGACGGCAUCGCUACCGAACGGAACACUGCCGACGUACUCGUACGCCUACAAAGACUAUGGCAUCAUGUACGAAACGCACACCCUGCCCGGCCAGGAUGUGGAUGCGGUUGAUGCCCGCGAUCUGGACAAAUAUCUAAAGUAUCCGGACAGCAAUCACAACUUCAACGGGUACGAUAGUGCGUCCUAUCAUCAGUCGGCGGCAUCCUCACCCGCCGGUGGUUCCAUCUAUGGAUUAUCGCAAGGCGAGUACUACAGCUAUGGAGGUGCGGUGCUCGCUCAUCAGUCUCCCCAACAUCAGGGACAGCAGCAGCAGCAGCAUCAACAGCAGCAACACCAACAGCAGCAUCAACACCAACAGCCCCAUCAACUAUCGUUAUCGGCAAACGGAGGACAAGGCAUCGCUAAGCUCUCGGACGUGAUGCUACAAGGUGGAGGAGGCCCGGCGUCACAUCAACACCCAUCAACUCCGGUAGCACUGUACGCUUUGCCACAGCUUCAACACGCACAACAUCUUGCCGCAGCUGCCGGUAAUGGAGCUCAGGUCGUGUCCGUCCAGCAUGGCGUUCAUCCACUCGGCCCAAACGGUACCAUGGCGGACAUUUACGUCGCCAACGAGCAGCAGCUAAAGGAUGACGAGUUUAGCAACAUACUGGCCGGUGUGCGUAAAACCUGCUACAGCAACUAA